AUGGCACCCUCCUUCCGUGAUGACCACCUUGUAAUCCUCGAAGUCGGCGACAGAUACCACCGCGCCAUCCUCGGCCUCGAGGAUCCCCUCGCUCCUCCGAAGCACGUCGUCCUUUCGUGUGUUCGGCGCACGACUUCAACAUCGAAAGCGACACGCGAUCAGUGGGAAUUGGUAUCAGAAGAGGAUGCUGAGCGAGAUUUGCUUGAGCGGUCGGAUGCGCAGCAGUCUUACGAGACGCAGGACGUCAAGGAGGGCGAGAUCGUGUGGCCGGUACAUAACGGAGAUGUAGUCAAUUGGAGCGCGGCGGAGGGAUUAUGGUAUCACAUUCUCCAUACCACACUGGGUCUGCAACCUUCCUUUGCCAACCCCAUCCUCUUGAUCCAUCCUCCACAAUUCCUCGGACAACAACAAUCACUCCUCUUCGCGACCCAACUAUUCAUCGAAAACCUCGGGUGUCAAGCCUUCAGACCGCUUGAGUCAGGCCUAGCGUCAACGUACGGCUACGGUGUCUUGAGCGCGCUCGUGGUGGAUGUUGGAUACUCAAGGACGGAUGUUACGGUGAUCAGCGAGACUCAAGUCCCCGUUGGUGGACGUGCGACGGUGCCAAUCGGUGGAAACCACUUCACGAAGGCAUUGGCAGCACUGGUAGAAGGCAACCUUCGUGCAGCGGAAGCACUGAAGCGAUCAGGGUUGGUCGAGGUCUUGGUGGAGGGUGAUCUGCCAACGCUUGACGAGGUCGAAGGUGCGGCUGGCGCAGGUGACGCCGAGGAUGUUGAGGAUGUCGCCGCUAUUGUCGCAGCAGGAAAGACGAAGGAAUACCUGGAGCAAAAGGCACGUGAAAAGGCAGAAGGCAAAGCUCCCGCAGAGGAAGCUGCCCAAGAAGAGCAGAAAGACAACAAGGAAGUGGAAAUCGCAAAGUUCGAGUUCGAAGGAAAGGACUAUCUUGUUGACCGAAAUCGCUUCAAGGCUACGCAAGCGCUCUUCGGUUUGUCGUCGGAGUAUGCUGAUCUCAUCACCGCAAUCGCACAUGUCGUUAACGCCCUUCCUGACCCUGAGAAACGUCAAGAAGCAUGGGACAAUAUCAUCAUUACUGGCCACGGAUCUAGAAUUCCCGGUCUAGCAUCCCACAUCCUUGCAGAAAUUUACGCACGACACGUCCUUACUUCCGCGUCAACCGCCCCAAUCGCCUCCCGCCCUGGCUUUCCAUCUGACUCAACAGGCGCGAACACACCCUCAGGAUCAACACCAGCACCAUUCUACCCGAUGAUGUCAAGCGGUGCUCAGCAAGUACCCAGCUCAGCAAGAAUCGUCAAGCUACCAGAAUACUUUGUGGAGUGGAAGGGUGUGGGGAAGGCCGAGGAUUCUGCGGUGUUGGGUGGAUAUUUGGUGGCGAAGGUUGUGUUUACUGGAAGAGAAGGAGGAUGGGUAGGGAAGGCUGAGUAUAAUGAGAAGGGACCUGAGGCUGUUUGGGAUCUGUGA